CCAAGUUUUUGUUCUUGUUAUAAUCUGUUUGCUUAAGUAACCAAAGCAGAGUGGAAUUAAACAGUUAAUUGGGUUGAUAGGAACCACACGUGAUGUGAUUUUUAAGAGAUUAAGUCACAGUGCGCCUGGACCCUCUCGUGCUUUUAUGGGGUCUUUGUUUCUGAUCUCCUAAAUCCCACCCACUAGAAGAGGAGAAGGAGUAAAAAGAAGAGAAAAAAAAAUCCACAAAAGUUUUCACUCAAAAUAAGCCUCCAGAUUUUUUGCGAAGUCUAAGGCGGGUCGGAGAUGGAGGCAGAGAACUGCUUGUCCUUCCUGUCACCUUCCAGGAGGAGGACGUCGUCUUCGGAUGGAAUCACGGCUUUGGAGCCCAAUUCUGGGUCAUUCCCGCCUGGAGCUGAGCUGCAGAGUCGCCCGCAUCCUCCACACCUUCGGCAAGGCCACAGGGGCGACUUCUAUAGCCCAGAGAGAAUUGGGAGAUUCAGCACCAGCCCCGCAGAGUUUGGACAUCCCGGUUCAGCUGGGCAAGACCCACGGGCUUCGCCCGGUAAGAUACAGCACAAAUACAUGGAGGGUAUCGCUUUGCAGGGACACAAAAGUGGAGCAGGAAACGUCAAAAAUGACUUCUACGAAAGUAGCCCUGACGCUGCUGCAGAUAAGAUACAUUCAAAAACCCUGGGCUUCCCCAUGCUGCCCCCAGACUGCCAUACUCCACUGGAUGGCUGCUCUAAACUAAAGGACAGCCCCCCAGAGAUUGGAGUGGAGCCCGGAGACUCUAUUGACCUAUCCAGUAAAAAUAAAAAGAGGAGGAACAGAACGACUUUCAGUACCUUUCAGCUGGAAGAGCUGGAGAAGGUUUUCCAGAAGACUCAUUACCCUGAUGUUUACGCACGUGAGCAGUUGGCUUUACGCACAGAGCUCACAGAAGCUAGAGUACAGGUUUGGUUCCAAAAUAGAAGAGCCAAAUGGAGAAAAAGAGAACGCUAUGGGAAAAUCCAAGAAGUGCGCAACCAUUUUGCUGCCACCUAUGAUAUUUCCAUCCUGCCUCGUACUGAGGCCUACAACCAGAUUCAGAACAACCUGUGGCCAGGCAAUGGCUCAAGCAACCCAGCAGGUAGCUGUGUGCUGUCUCAUGACAGUGUGCCUUCAUCUUGCAUGACUCCAUACUCUCAUUCUCAUAGCAACAUCCCAGGAUUCAUGGGAAUCUCUAGUUCAGCCAAUCACCACCCAGGAAUCAACAGUCUUUACUCACUGCAUGGCUUCCCCACAAGCCUCAGUGGACAUGCUUUUGAACCAGUCCCAGAAUCCGAAUACAAGCCUUCAGGUCUUGUUGCUCUGCGUAUGAAAGCCAAAGAGCCUAGCAGCCUCUUAUCUUGGACAACAUGACCAGUGGACAAGGUAAAAUGGAGACAAGAGCAUUUCGCAAGGUGCAUCUGUAAUCCACGACAAUUGAGGCCUAAGUAACCAGAAUGUCAAACUGUGGCAGGACUAAAAUAAGGCUGUUAUGUGAUAUAUGGCAUGUACUCCAAGAGCUUUCAUACAGAAACAGAUGUAAAUCAUCAAGAAAAAAAUGAUAUGUGCUUUUGAAGAGAAAGGCUAUAUUUCACAAAGAAACGUAAAAAUGAGGUACAAGAAAGAUGUUUACUUGUUUUUUUGUUGACCUCAUGGACCACAAUGAAGAGCCCUAAAUACUGAUUCAAGGCAUCCCCGUCUACUUUUUUUUAUUUGCACAGGUUAGAAAAAAGUGUAAGCAUCUUUGCAUUUGUAAACUUUUAACUACCCUGAAAAACAAAAUCUGAGUGCCUUUAUUUUAAAUGUCUAUUAAACAAUACAUUAUUUAGAAGGUAAUACAAAGCAGACACAUGAAACAAAACUGUAUAACCCUUUUAAGGACCUCAGUGUUCAAGGUUAAUGUUUUCCAUUAGAAUUUCAUGUUUAGGGCAUUUAGUCCUAGUCCAAAACAAAAAAAAAAACAGCAAGACAGAAAGAUGACACAAAACAAUGGCCCAGAGAAAAGAGAGAUUUAGUCCCUACAGAGGAAAACUGCAUAUAAUCUACAGAAA